GUCAUGGCAACUAUUGAAUGGUUUACAAAUGGCGGCCAAUUGACCAGGAGUUUAGAAGUGUCCUUUGAUUUUUGCUUAUUUUGACUUAGAUACUAAGAAUACACAAUCACAAUGUCUGUGGAUUUGGAAGAAUAUUUCAAGACGACCUUCGAGGAUACCCUCGUGGUCAAAAUGCCUGAGCGGGAAGAUGAUCACUUGACACCUGCAACAAGACUUUUGGAGAAAAGAAGAGAAAUGGCAGAAGUUGAUCAGGCACUACUAGCCCAGAAAGAGGAAUUCCAAAUGAAAAUGGAAAGUUUACAGCAAAGAAGAGAGGAACUAGAAAGAAAAGAAUGUGAUUUAAAGGAGCAGUUACUAAAGUUUGAUCAUUUCCUCAAGGAAAAUGAUUCAAAGAAAGCAAGAGCUUUGAAAAAAGCUGAUGAGGAAAGAGAUUCAAAGAAACAGAAAGAUAAAGAAAUUGAGAAAUUGAAAGUAGAAAAAGGAAAACUGGAAAAAGACAAAUCAAAGUUACAAGAAAAAUUAGAUAGAUUUAAAAUUUAUCACACCUACAUGGAAAAGGUGUUAGAAGCUGGAGAAGAAUUUGGUGAAAUGAGAGAUAUUAUAGCUAGAUAUGACACAUUGACAGCAACACAUGAAGAUUUACUAGAACAGGACCAAAAAAAUCAGGAAGUCAUAGAAAUAGAAAGACAAAAUCUGAUGAAAUACAUCGAGGAAAAAGACAAUGAAAUUUUAUCCUGUAAUAACCAGUUAUCAGGAUUACAGACUCAACUUGACACAGCUCAGAGUGAGGCUGUAAAAUGGGAAUCUGCAUGGACACAUAUUAAAAAUACUGCUGCUACAAAAACACUAACACUUGGUAGAAUUAAAAUGGCUGCCAGAAAUUUGUAUCAGUUAGUUAAACGACACCAAAAACAGUCAGCGGAAGAAGAAGAAACACAUGAACAAUUAGCACAGAUUCAGAUGUUUUUGUUUGAUUUGAAAGACAUUGUACAGGAACUGAAAAGAUCUGAUACUUUUGUAUCUUCUGCCUAUGUACCAUCAUCAUCAUAGACUAUCUUCCCCGCUGCUGCCACCAGAACUUACCUCCCCUUCUACAAAAUCUGUCGUGUGCUUCAUUACUAUUCUUCUGCAUAUUUGGAAUUGAUUCAUUUUAGAAUAUAAUAUGUAAAAUUACGUUUUCAGAUCCGUGUAGUCAUUCAGGAUUUGCUGUCGAUAACCAGUGAGAUUAGACGAGCAGAGUUGUCUCAGGCAUCAAUAGUGCCACCGUCAUCAAGUUAGCCUUGUAUAUAAAAUAUGGAAAGAAUUACAAGUUAUACUGCCUCUGCAAAUUAUGUGCUGGUGUGAAAAAAAUCCUUCUAUAAAGUGUGACAUUUCCAAGUACCCAAUUCCUUUCAUAUUAGAAUAACAUUUUUAAACUGCAUUUCCAAGAGAAAUGCCAAACUUUUGAAAACCAUUCCUUAAUGAUGACACUCUAUAUAAUAUAUAUGUUCAAUUUAAAAUGCAUUUCGAAGAGCAAUGUCAAACCUUUAAAAAAACCAUUCCUAUUGAAUUUAAUACAAUUGAAAGCAUUUUGUAUGAGUGGCUGAGCUGUGAGUGAGUUGUGUGAAUUGUAUGAAAGGUGUUGAAAAUGUGAUAUGUAUGGAGUCUUUAUUUGUUUAUAAUGUCCGUUAAAUGGACAAAAGUCAUUUCAGAUUGUAAAACCUUACUAGAAACUGAUACAGAUGUAUCCUGCAAAUAUUCUGUUACAAUUGUUAAUAUUUUUCUCCAUACUGUUGUAUAUUUGUGCCAAUUGUGAUAUGUAUUAUAUAUACUGUGUAACAGUUGUUUUUUAUUAUUACAAAAAUAUACACAAAAUAAAAAUGACAUAGAAUU